AUUUAAAUUAUAUAUGUUUGCAAUAAAUAAAUUUAAUAUAUUUAGAUUUGCUUAUUUUCAAAUAAUUAAUAUCACUAAACAAACAAAAAUCUAAUUAUCUACUUUACAAUUCAAAUAAAUCAUGUUCAAACUAACUAGGAUAUCUAAAUUAGCAUUCCCUAUCUUGCUAGCAGGAACUGCUGCUAUCAAUUAAAAGAGAAGAACUAUUUAUGCUUUUACUUUUCCAAGCACUCCUGAUUUGAUAAGAGGGGAAUAUGAAAACAAAAUUAGAUCAGAUAGCCCUCCAGAAAAAAUCUUUGAAGUAUUCGCAACAGAAAAAGAUGAAGAUGGAAACAUGUAGAUGUCUCAUGAAGAUUUUUUCAAAUCGAUUUGCCCUUUUUAAUACUCAACAAAGGAAGAUUAGGAUGAAAAAGAAGAAGAUGAUAAAAAAGGAAACAAAAAAGGAAGUGAUGAUGAUGAUUCUAAAAAAUAAUAAAGCAAAGUCCAUAGUGAAGCCUUAGCGUAAUUUGCAGAUAUUGAUAAAGAUGGAAAAAUCAGUAUAUAUGAAUACUAUAUGGUCACAGCAUUUUUAUAAAUUGAUAAGAAUGAGUAUUUGGACUAUUUUAAAUAAAAACAAAAAACUGAUUUAAAUGCAUAAGACAUGCAAGAAUUAUUUAGCUUCAUUAAACAAAAAGCUAAAGUCAAAUUAACUAUGGCUAACUUACUUGACCCAAGAAAGUUUAAUGUUAAUAAAGACACUUUCAAGAAGCAUGUAGAUUUAUGUAUUAAAAAUUUAUUAGGAGAUUCAACUUCUAUACCAGCUACCAGAAUUUUAAAAAUUAAAGAAGAUAUUACCAAGGAUGUUUACAAAUACUUAUUUGACUAAUUCGAAGCUAAUGAAGAGGGAAAAAUUAGUGGAGAAGAUUUUGCUAAGAGCUUAAUCUCCUUCAUGGAGCAUCAAAGAUGUAAAUAGUACUUGAAGCGUUUAAAUAAUAUUGAGUUUAAAGGAUGGUUCACUUUUGAUGAGUUUUAUACAUUUUCAAAAUUUUUGACAGAUAACAAAGAAAGAAUUGAAUAGACAAUCGAAGAGAAAGGAUAUACAAAUAGAAAAUAGUUUAAAAAGCUCAUGCAAGAAUAUCAAAAAAGCUAAAAUGUUGCUAUCAAUAUUUAAUAAGUUGAUAUUUUAAUAAAAGUUCUAGAUGCAAAUAAUAAUAAUAGGAUUGAAGCUGAAGAAUUCAAAGCUUUAAUACUGAACAGACCUGCUUAUGGAAGUGGUGAAGAUACUACUCUUAAAAAACCUUAUGAAAAGUUGAUAUCCUAAGGCAAAAUUUGGCUUAAUAAAGCUGAAAGAAUUUGGGAAAUUAUUGUUGAGUGAUAAAAACUAUUUAAUUUCUAAAUUUUAGAAUUGUGAUUCAUAUUGUAUAAACGAACAAUUUAUAUUAGUCUUAAUUAAUAUAAGUAAAUGAAACAUAAUUUUAAUAAUUUAUUUGUACGUUUAUGUAUUGAUUAAAUCAUGGUAUAAGAUCAUUU